CGACUUUUUGCGCUUCUAAAAUCUCUUAUUUUCUAAAGAAAUCACAUGUAACGCCCAUCCGACAAAGCCCUCCCUUUCACGUGGCUCAGGAACUCCUCCUAUAGAUCUCUUAUAUCUAUAUACAUCAAUAUGAAUGUAUUUCAACUUCCUUCUGAUCAUUGUUAUAUUUAGAAUUGAUCAUUUGAUGAAUUGAAUGAAGGUAUUUAAUUCCAUCUCUCACGGUCAAUUUUCCGGCCUUCAUCUCCCCGUACAACUCCAGGCCUAUGAUCUAGCGUCCCGGUGAAUACAAAGGUUUUAACAGGCCUGAUCGGAUGUGAUGAAAGAUACAAUCUUGGAGACAGACAAAAGAACUGUAUAUUCUUGAUCUAGAGAUGGAAGACAGGGGAAGCGGCGGCAAGGUCACCGGAAUCCGACAGAUAGUGAGGCUGAAAGAGAUUCUGAACAAGUGGCAGAGCGUCACUCUGGGUCAGAAGAGACCCAAAAACGGCGAUCACUCCGCUGCUCCGGCGAAUUCCCAACAGCCACCGCCGCCGCCGCCUCCGUACAGUGGGAUAUCUCCUGCGGUAUGCAAGAGGCUGAUGAGCUGCAGCUCCUAUUGCGAUUCGGAUGAAGAAAGUUGCCAGAGCCCUGACCCGCCGUCCGGCGUCCCGAGAGGCUAUUUGGCCGUUUACGUCGGGCCGGAGCUCCGGCGGUUCAUCAUUCCGACUAGCUACCUCAGUGAUCCGUUGUUCAAGGUGUUGCUGGAGAAGGUGGAGGAGGAGUUUGGGUUUGACCAUAGUGGUGCUCUGACCAUUCCGUGUGAGACGGAGACCUUCAAGUAUCUGCUGAAAUGCAUGGAAAAUCACGAGAAAGAACAGGGUACCCAACAACAGGACGACACUGCUGGAUCCUCACACGCUGUCGAGAAAUGAAUUAUGACCGGUCAAACUCUGAUCUGAUUAAUAAUGGUCGAGUAUUUAGACCCCCAACUUUUCCUUUCCUUUUUGUACUUGUAUUUACUUACAAUUGGAUUGGCAAGUGGGUGCGCAGGGUAAUGUAAUUUUGUGUAAGCAGAUGACAUGAAUUCAAGUUAUAUAUAUUUAUCCAUGUGUAUAUA